CUUCAGCCCCCCGUCAUCUGGCCCAGCUCCAUUUUGCUAUAACAAGCCGCCGACCGCAGGCCAACGACAGCUAACCGCCGACGCCGCCUUAACUCUGACGAGUUUAUCAUCAAAGCUAUGAACUUGCUGGUUUCUGCUCCAUUGUGAUGUUUCUGAACUAGGCGUGGCCUUUCGGGAACUAAGCAAUUGUUUGCUCUUUCGAUUGCGUUUUGGGAGGAUGUGUUCAUUGACUUUCCCCGGUUUGGAUCUCAGCAAAAGGAGGUUUGAUGCGGUUGGUUUUCUGAGGAGGAGUUGCCAGAGGCCGGAGGGCGGGUUGCUUUAUCGGCGCGCGGAAAGUGUUCGAUGUAAAGCGUCAGCGGCACAAAAUGUUGCCAUUGGGAGCUCGGGACCUGUUGGCGGUUUACUGGUUUCCGGUGAUACUAAGAGUAUCAUUUCGGUGUCUGAUUUACUUGAAGUAAUUGCUGAUGACCUUCAGAAUCUCAACAAAAAUUUAAAAUCGAUUAUUGGUGCAGAAAAUCCUGUUUUGGCAUCUGCGGCAGAACAGAUAUUUGGUGCUGGAGGAAAGAGGCUAAGACCAGCUUUAGUUUUCUUAGCAUCAAGAGCAACUGCUGAAAUUGCUGGGUUGAAGGAAUUAAGGACACAACACCAGCGUUUGGCAGAAAUAAUUGAAAUGAUUCAUACAGCAAGUUUGAUACAUGAUGAUGUGCUAGAUGAUAGUGGAAUACGAAGAGGAAAGAAAACAAUUCACCAAAUUUAUGGAACUCGUGUGGCCGUCCUAGCAGGAGACUUCAUGUUUGCUCAUUCUUCUUGGUACCUUGCCAACCUUGAGAACCUUGAAGUCAUCAAGCUCAUCAGUCAAGUCAUCAAGGAUUUUGCCAGUGGUGAAAUAAAGCAAGCCUCAAGUCUUUUCGACUGUGAUCUUUCUCUUGAAGACUAUAUGCUCAAAAGCUACUAUAAAACUGCCUCUCUGGUUGCAGCAAGCACAAAAUCUGCAGCCAUUUUCAGUGAAGUUGAUUGCAGUAUUUGUGAACAAAUGUAUGAAUAUGGGAAGAACCUGGGCUUAUCCUUCCAGGUUGUGGAUGACAUUCUGGACUUCACACAAUCGUCAGAGCAGCUCGGCAAGCCCGCCGCGAGCGACCUUGCCAAGGGGAACCUUACUGCUCCAGUUAUUUUUGCUUUAGAAAAGGAACCCAAACUAAGAGAGAUUAUUGAUUCUGAAUUCAGUGAGGUAGGUUCUUUGGACACUGCAAUUGAUUUAGUACUGAAAUCUGGGGGGGUAGACAGAGCACAGGCUCUUGCAAAGGAGAAAGCUGAAUUAGCUAUUCAAAACCUUAAUUGCCUUCCACAUAGCCGUUACAAAUCUUCUUUGGAAGGAAUAGUUAAAUAUAACCUUGAAAGGAUAGAUUAGAAAUGUCAUUUAUUCAAUUGAUCAGAAGCUGUAGAAGUUGAAUAAAUAAAGAAAUAAAUGUAAUUUGA